AUGGAGAAUUGGAAAGCUUUCACGCAGAACAUCUCUGCAAACGUCGGCCCUGUCGGUCAGAGGAUCUCCAGAGGCUUCGGAAACCUUAACCAGCAAGCCAAGGAGAGAUUCGGGACUGUCGAUGCUGAUGAUAUCACCGAGCUUCCUCAAGAGUACAAGGACUUGGAGCAGCGCGUGGAUGCUCUGCGUUCCGCUCACAACAAUUUGCUCAAGAUCGCUCGUGCUUACGAGUCAGAGGGCUAUGACUAUCCUACUCAGGUUCAGGAGUCGAUCGGUCAAUUGAGCCAACAGAUUGGUCACAGCGUAACUUCGUGGGCGUCGUCUGCCACUAAGGGCACUAGUCUGCCAGCUGUUCAGCCCACGGCCGCUCCUCCCGAGGUUCACCGCACCCUCGCACACGCCCUUUCGCGUGGCGCAGCUUCAGGCGCGCUCGAGCUAGGUGCAAGCCCCACCAGUAUCGCAGGACUUCCCACCAGCCCUGCUUCUGGUCCAAGCGGAGGCAAUCUGGCUGGGGAGGAGAGCAAGCUGGGCGAAGCUCUUCAGAAGUUCGCCCUUGCUCAGGACCGUGUUGGUAAUGCUAGACUCGCUCAGGAUGACUCUAUCAGACAGGGCUUCCUUCAACCUUGGCAAGCCUUCGGUGCCCAGAUCACCGUAGCUAUCAAGGCUCGUCAAGCUGUCCGUGAUGCUAGACUGCACCUCGACUCGUGGCGACAAGCUCUCAAGGCUAUCGAGGCUGCCGGAAACACCGCCAAGCUCGACUCGCACCGUCAAGAGGUGGAAGCCGCUGAGGACAAGCUUGUCGAGGCUACAGAAGCGGCAAUCGCUUCGCAGAAGGCAGUCCUGGAAAACCCAGAGGGCAUCAAGAGCUUGGCUGCCUUCGUCAAGGCGCAGAGCGAGUACCACCAAGCUGCUGCUCAGGUUUUGGCUCAAGCUAGCAGCGAGCUGGCUAAUUUGGGUCUGGCUGCCGAGUCUGACUACAGGGCGACUCGUGCUUGAUGGAUCAACUCUGGCCCAUGUUCCUUCGGCAUCCAAGUUCCUGGAACACAGACAACAAUGAUUCUCUUGGUGUCUGUGAUUUGGCAGAGAAGGCGCUUCCUUUGCUCUUCUGAUGCACAGGGAACAUGUACGAUUGGCUUACGCGGUUACGACACCGCGACGUGGCUAGCUUCUAUGUCAAUACCGUUGCAAUGUGGGCUUGUCUCUGGAUGUCUGGGUGCUGCUUCGUUUAAGCACGUCGUUUGAGUCUUGCAGGGUCCGCAGGCAUCCGUGGGCUCGUAUCACUGACA